AUGAGUGAAGAGAAGGGAUUGACUAAGAUUCCUCAUUUCAGUGGUCAUUAUGAUCACUGGAGUGAACUCAUGGAGAAUUUGCUCCGAGCAAAAGGCUUGUGGAGCUUGGUGGAGAAAGGCUUCGAGGAGCCAAGAGCGGGGACCCUGUUGACAGAUGCGCAGCAGGCACAACUUGAUGAUGCUAGGACCAAAGAUCAUCAGGUCAAGCAUUACCUCUUUCAAGCCAUCGACAGGAUUGUCUUCGAGCAGAUUUUAGAUCGUCGUUCCGCCAAAACUGUUUGGGAUUCUAUAAAACAAAAGUUUGGUGGGAAUGACAAGGUGAAGAAGUCUCACCUCCAGACACUCAGAAGAGAGUUCGAGGUACUGGAGAUGAGGAAUGAAGAAACCAUCACGGAGUACUUUGCCAGAGUGAUGGUUGUCUCCAACAAGAUGAGAAGCAAUGGUGAAGAUAUGACAGAUGAAAAGAUCGUGGAGAAGAUCUUGAGAACCUUGGUAGAAAGGUUUAUCCCUAUUGUAGUUUCAAUUGAAGAAGCAAAGGAUACUUCGACUAUGUCCAUUGAUGAACUGCAGAGCUCGUUGGUAGUACACGAGCAGAAAUUCAAAAGGGUGAGCAGAGAAGAUGUUGAUCAGGCAUUAAAAGUAGAAGAUCGAACAUUUGUAAGAGGAAAAUAUGCUAUCAGAGGUAGGGGUUGA